GAGAAUUCCUACAACGACUUUGUGUGCUUGUCAUUUUUAGGUUCCAACAUUAAAAUUCUCGAAGAUCAAUUUGAUGAACUAAUAGUAGAGACAACAACAAAGCGUAAGCAGUGGCCUAAAAAGAUACUGAUGCAUGCUAUUCAAACCAUGAAAGCAGAGCAAGAAAUGUUGAAGCUCUACAAACCUUUGGUAACACCAGAAGAGAUAAGAUCACAGCCUUCUCAAGAUGCUUACGUUGCAGAUCUGAAGCAGGUGACAGAAAUGGCAUCCGAACAGAUCAGUGGGGCAAUGAAGUCUCUCCCAGCGCUAAUAGAAAGAGCGGAAGGUUUUUCCCAAGCGCUAACUUUGCAACCAGUCUUGGAACUCUGCAAGCUGCGGCAAGAAGUCUUUGCUGGUUGCAAGGAGACGGAGGAAAAUAACAACCAAAAUUUUGUACCACCGGGAGAAGUCACACCGACAGACACUGAUACCCGUAAAAAUCCAUACGUUUUGCUGAAAAGAAAGAGAGCUGCAGAUUCACCAGAAAGAAGACGCUACCCACUUCGACGGAGGAAGAUCACUCUCAGCGCGUGA